GGCUGACGGCCGGUGACAUGUCUCAGACUUGGCCUUCUCUUAGUCUGGCUCAAACAAUGACGCCAGAAGUGAUUGUCGUGGGUUCCUGUAUGACCGACCUCGUCAGUGUGACGCCCCGUCUUCCCAAAGCUGGGGAGACCAUCCACGGCAGCAAGUUUUUCAUCGGUUUUGGGGGCAAAGGCGCAAACCAGUGUAUCCAGGCAGCUCGGCUUGGUGCAAAGACCGCAAUGGUUUGCAAGGUUGGCAAGGAUUCUUUUGGGAACGAUUAUAUUGGAAAUUUCGCCAAGAACCUUGUUUCUACAGACUUUGUGGGCCAGACAACAGAGGCCGCCACUGGAGCAGCUUCUAUCACUGUGAACACUGAAGGCCAGAAUGCUAUUGUAAUAGUGGCUGGUGCCAAUUUGCUGCUGGACUCUGAGGACUUAAAGAGAGCCUCCGCUGCUAUAAGCAAGGCCAAAGUAAUGGUGUGCCAGUUGGAGAUAAGGCCUGAGAUUUCCUUAGAGGCCCUGAAAAUGGCCCAUUCCAGUGGAGUUAAGACGAUAUUCAACCCAGCUCCAGCCAUUCCACAUCUAGACCCUGAAUUUUUCACUCAUUCGGAUAUCUUCUGCUGCAACGAGAGUGAGGCGGAAAUUCUAACUGCUGUUCCUGUAAACAGUCCUGAGGACGCCGGUAUCGCAGGCGCACUGCUGCUGGAAAAGGGGUGCAAGCUGGUUAUUAUAACACUCGGGGGAGAGGGCUGCGUGAUUUUGUCACAAAGCGACCCCACCCCAAGGCACAUACCUACAAACAAAGUGAAAGCAGUGGAUAGUACGGGUGCGGGAGACAGUUUUGUGGGGGCUCUGGCCUUUUACAUGGCGCAUUAUCCUCACCUCUGCGUAGAAGAUAUGGUGAAACGGUCGAACUACAUUGCGUCGGUGAGCGUCCAAACUGCAGGCACCCAGACCUCCUACCCACGUAGGGCCGACCUUCCUCAGGGUAUGUUCUAACCAGUGAAAUUCACAGCAGCCACAAAGCAAGGAUGAAUCACCUCCCAGGAAUGCAUUUUUGAAGGAGUUAAAAAACCAGUGCAUUGUUCUAAAGAAACACCUGGAGAACCUGCAGUUGCCUGUACCUCAUUGAGUUUUUUUAAAUUCCUGCAGAAUACAGAGGACUGGGAGUUCUAGUUCACGGUUAGUAAGGGGGUGUUAACAGAGGCUGGAACAUUCCAUCUUUUCAAGAGCUACCGGUAUUUGUUUUCUUUUAUCAGUCUGUCCAUUAUGUACUAGUGGCUACUGGUAUUUCUGCGUAUAAAACUGUAUUGCCAAAUAAACAAGAUAUACACUUA